UCAGAGGGCAACAGCGGUGCGCAGAGAAGGUUGACUGAGUGAGGUGUAUGAUUCACACUGGGCUAACAGUAGUUAGCAAGAGCUCACUGAAAAGUUUGAUACAAAAUGUACUUUAACCAGCCAGCUACCAGACACGGAGACUGUACUGCAAGCAUACAGGACAUACUAUUUGACAGUAUUGACAGAUGAAUUGGGAUUUGUUUUUACAAGUUCAGAGCUAUUUAACGUAAGCUAGCUAGCGUUAGCUAGCUGCUAGCAAACAACACCUCACAGCCAGCGAAUCGAAUCGAGUGCUAAUGGACACGUUUUGGUAACUUCACCGGUACACAUUCUUUGGAAAAGCAAGCAACACCAUUGAGAAAGGGGAGACCAUGUCAGCAACAUCAUGACAGACAGGGAAGAGGCGCUUUAGCACCCUGACCACAAGGUAAGGAGCCAUGGAUGUGUUACAGCAGCUACCUUCCCCUGAGCACCUUGAACAGGUGAAUGGGGAAACUAGGACAGGCCCGCAGCCCCUAUGUGGCCCAAACUCUCCACAUUCCCUGGACACGGCAGCUGAUGAUAUAUGGACUGCAAGGGAGGUGGAGGCAGUGGCCCCUGACUUUGGAGGGUUGACGGACCUGCAGGAGCUGGGGGUUGAGGAGGGUGAAGGCAGUGGGGCGGAGAGGCCGAGGUCCCCCAUCUCAAGGGUAUCAUGGAAUGAGACUGGCAGCCAACAGAAUGGAGAGAAGGGAGGAGGGGAAGAGGAGGGACUGGAGAAGGACAAGACUAGAUACAGCAGACAAGACAGUCCUGCUGCUGAUAACAACUAUACAGACCUGUCUCACACGUCGUCUCCCUCGCUGUCGGAGCAGCUGCGUCUGGGACGGGAUGAGGCCACAGGGCCUGGUAUCAACGUGGAGUGUAGGAUCUGUGCUGACAAAGCUUCAGGGUUCCACUACGGUGUGCAUGCCUGCGAGGGCUGCAAGGGCUUCUUCCGGCGGACCAUUCGGAUGAAGCUGGAGUACGAGCGCUGUGAGAGAGCCUGUAAGAUCCUGAAAAAGAACCGUAAUAAGUGCCAGUACUGCCGCUUCCAGAAGUGCCUGGCCCUGGGCAUGUCCCAUGACGCGAUCCGGUAUGGGCGUAUGCCGGGGGCUGAGAAGAAGAAGCUAGUGGCUGGCCUGCUAGCAGAGGAGCUGGACCCCCACCACCUUGGUGGCUCAGACCUCAAGACCCUGGCUAAACAGGUGUACCAAGCCUACCUGAAGAACCUCAUUAUGACCAAGAAGAAAGCCCGCAGCAUCCUCACCGGCAAGACCAGCUGCACAUCGCCAUUUGUGAUCCAUGAUGUAGACACCCUGUGGCAAGCAGAGAGUGGUCUAGUGUGGAACCAGUUAAUCCCGGGCGCGCCCCUCACAAAGGAGAUAGGGGUACACGUAUUUUACCGCUGUCAGUGCACCACGGUGGAGACGGUACGAGAGCUAACUGAGUUCGCCAAGAACAUCCCAGGGUUUGUGGAUCUCUUCCUCAACGACCAGGUGACACUACUGAAGUAUGGCGUCCAUGAGGCCAUCUUCGCCAUGCUGCCCUCCCUCAUGAACAAAGAUGGCCUCCUGGUGGCCAACGGGAAGGGCUUUGUGACCCGGGAGUUCCUGAGGAGCCUCCGUAAACCCUUCAGUGAGAUCAUGGAGCCCAAGUUUGAGUUUGCUGUGAAGUUCAAUGCUCUGGAGCUGGAUGACAGUGACCUGGCUCUGUUUGUGGCCAUUAUCAUCCUGUGUGGAGACCGCCCAGGGCUAAUGAACGUGAAGCAGGUCGAACAGAGUCAGGACGGUAUUCUCCAGGCCUUGGACCAGCACCUGCAGGCCAACCACCAGGACUCCCUCUACCUCUUCCCCAAGCUGCUGAACAAGAUGGCCGACCUCAGACAGCUUGUCACAGAGAACGCCUUGCUGGUGCAGAAGAUCAAGAAGACAGAGUCGGAAACCUCUCUGCACCCUCUACUACAGGAGAUCUAUAAGGACAUGUACUGACUGGACUAAACCAGACUGAACAUGUACUGACUGGGCUAAACCAGACUGAACUGAACUGGACUGGGACUUCUGCUAGUGCAGGAUUUCUACAAGGACAUGUACUCGUCUCCUCAAAAGUAGUGCACAACAUAAGGAAUAGGUUGUCAUUUCAGACACACCCCUAGUCUGAGACCUCAUUGCUCCCGCUACUGCAGGAGCUCAACAAGAACAUGACUGGACACAGUGGCCUAAACCGGACGAACUCGGACUUGACUUUGUUGCAUCUGCUCCUACAGGAAUUGGACUAAACCAGAUUUAACAGGAUCGGACCGUACCUUGCUGCACUCUCUACUGUAGGAGAUCUAUAAAGACAUUCAUGUACUAGUCCUCCUCAUAAGCAAAGCCACACUGUUCAAUUCAAUACUUUAUUGUCCCCUUAGAGCAAACCCUGUCUUAGCAAAUAUUGUCCCCUUAGAGCAAAUACUGACUGUUGUUGACAGCAAUAUGUUUACAUAAUGAUGUUAUGUAUAUAUUAAUGUACAAUACCAAUCAAAUGUUUGGACACACCUACUCAUUCCAGGGUUUUUCUUUAUUUUUACUAUUUUCUAUAUUGUAGAAUAAUAGUUUAGACAUCAAAACUAUGAAAGAACACACAUGGAAUCAUGUAG